AUGGCAGAGGCAGUGGCUGGCCCUUCUGGCAUUAAUUUUGACAGAAACCUUCGAUUCCCUACCGAUUGUUUGCAGUGCAAUGUGGGUUACGGUGAAUUUUUUCAUUAUUUGUCUAGUGGUGGUAAACAAGUUGUAAUUGAAUAUGCUCAAAGACAUAAUUUAAUGCUAAAGGAAAAAAACUGCGAGUGUUGUGGAGCUAUUUGUCGUAUCGACUACAACAAGAACUCCUUUAGGUGUGAUCGAUCUGUAGUGACGAAAGGACGUCGGCGUAAGCGAUGUAAUUUUAGUGUUUCCUUGUCUAAAGGAACGUGGUUUGACAAAUCCCAUCUCUGUUUUGAAGUUAAUCUAAAGUUUGUUAAGUUAUGGUGUAGUCCCAACUUUUCUUAUAACUUAGCUGAAGGGGAAUUGCAGCUUUCCCAAGCGACAAUAUGUGAUUGGGCUUCAUUUUGCCGAGAGGUGGCAAUAAGUUGGGUUUUUAGAAAUAGUGGUAAGAUUGGUGGUGUGGGCCUAACUGUUGAGAUCGAUGAAUCUAAAUUUGGCAAGAGAAAAUAUAAUGUUGGUAGGGUUAUUGAUGGGCAGUGGGUGUUUGUUGGUAUAUGUCGUGAAACGAGGCAGUGUGUUUUAGUGCCAGUAAAGCUUAGGUCAGCAGAAACAUUGCUGCCCAUUAUACAGCAAUUUUUUGAGCCUGGUACGACAAUAGUGAGCGACUGCUGGAAGGCUUAUAAUUGCUUACAGGAGUUAGGGUACCAGCACUUGCAAGUGAACCACUCCCUAAAUUUUGUGGAUCCUGUGACCCUUGCCACACAAAUACCAUAG